CUCUUCUUCUUCCUCCUCCUCCUGCUGCUGCUGCUACUGUAGCUCUGUCAGAUACGUUUCCUGUUGCUGUUAUACUGUAGUUCAACACUGAUUCCUGAGUUUUAACGUGUCCGACUGGAACUGUGAGAACGAUAGAGUUUGUUAUGAAGUCGGGAUUCGUGCGUGUCCUCCAUCUCCCGCUGCUGCUCCUCCUGGUGGUGAGAUCUGCAGACAGCAGGUGUUUCUGUCAGGUGACAGGUAACCUGGACGACUGUACUUGUGAUGUGGAAACCAUCGACAGCUUCAACAACCAGCAGCUUUUCCCCAAGCUACAGAAACUGUUACAGUCUGAUUAUUUCAGAUUUUACAAGGUGAAUUUGGAUAAGCCAUGUCCUUUUUGGGUGGUCCAGAGUCAUUGUGGUCUUAGGGACUGUGCUGUGAAACCCUGUUCUCCUAGUGAUGUUCCAGAGGGAAUCAGAUCAUCGCACCAAAAUAAGUACUCAGCAGAGGCAAACGAGGACCUAGAGCAGUGUGAGAAGGCUCAUCAUCUGGGAGCUGUGGAUGUGUCAUUAAGCAAAGAGACAAAAGAAGCCCUGCUGGGCUGGAAUAAAUACGAUGAUGACGCUGAGCGCUUCUGUGUGGCUGAUGAUGAGGAGUCCCCAGACGCACAAUACGUCGACCUGCUGCUGAAUCCAGAGCGCUACACAGGCUACAAAGGGCCUGAGGCCUGGCACAUCUGGAACAGCAUAUACGAGGAGAACUGUUUUAAACCUUACACUGUCCAGCGACCACUAACUAACAACCCCUACCAGAGCAGCACAGGAGGAAGUCCUUUCUACAGCUGGCUGCAAGGUCAGUGUGUGGAGAAGAGAGCGUUCUACCGCCUCAUCUCUGGCCUCCAUGCCAGCAUCAACAUUCACCUGAGUGCACGAUACCUGCUGGAAGACAGCUGGCAUCAGAAGUGGGGUCACAAUGUAGCUGAGUUCAGACAGCGUUUUGAUGAGGAGCUCACAGCAGGUGAGGGGCCCAAGAGGCUCCGCAACCUCUACUUCCUGUACCUGAUAGAGCUGAGAGCCCUGGCUAAAGUGCUGCCAUUCUUCGAGCAGAAGUCUUUUCAGCUGUACACCGGUCGACCUGAGAAGGACCGGGAGCAAAAAGAGCUGCUCCUGCAGGUGCUGCAGCUGACCAGAUCAUUUCCUCUGCACUUUGAUGAAACGUUAUUGUUCGCUGGUGAUGAAAAGGAAGCAGCAAAACUGAAGGAGGAUAUUAGGCUGUCAUUUCUCAACAUCUCCAGGAUCAUGGACUGUGUUGGCUGCUUUAAAUGUCGACUGUGGGGUAAACUGCAGACUCAAGGAUUAGGCACAGCCCUAAAGAUUUUAUUCUCGGCGCACCAGAUUGAAGCCUUGCCCACUUCAGGCAACCAACGACCCAGUUUCAAACUCAGCAGGCAGGAGAUCGUCUCCCUGUUCAAUGCUUUUGGACGGAUUUCAACCAGCAUCAGUGAGCUGAAGAAUUUCAGGAGGCUGCUUGCAGAGGAGCGAUGACAGUUUGGAGAGAAGGUUGACUCUGUCUACUAACUUCUUCUCUCUUGGGGACAAUCGCCUUGAACCACUGACUUAAAUCACUGCUGCCUUUGUCCUGCUGACUGAUCUGUGUUUAAGACCGAAUAAGAAACAGGCUAAUGUUUUGCACUUUGUCAAAGAAAAUGUAUAUAAAAUGACAAAUGAAAGACUUCAAAAUUUUCAACAAAUAAAGAAUCUGAUUUUUACAGCUUACAUGCAAGCAGAUGUAUCUUAGGCUUCAAUUCUAAAGGAUAAAUCCAGCGACUCUUUGUUGUAGCCUUUCUUGUUUGCACUAAUGACUGUUGCACUUCCAUGUGUAUUGUAUAUUGGCUUUUUUCUUCUUUUUUUAUUUUUAUUUUAGAAACAUCUUUUGAUUUAUUUUGUCUUGUCUAAUGUGAAUCUAUUACAAAAAAUAAAGGCCACAUAGAGGGACGUUUUAGGACAGUUUUUUCCUGAGGAUGGCGCUGUUUUGAAAGAAAACUCCAGCAGAACUUGCUGAUUAAUGCAAAAAUCACACAGCUUGGGCAAAUUAAUUUAUUUUCAAACAGGAAUAAACCGGAUGUGUUAUUAAAAA